AUGACAAUCAACAGCGAGAUGAAAAACGGCACAGCCAUGAACGGCGCAUCAACCAAUGUCACUGCUACGAAAGACGGCUACUCACAACGUAUCAUCUUGACCACUUAUCCCGGCCAAAGCGUUGUCGAUCCGGUUGACCUCAACUGGGGCGAUGCUGACCCCAAGAAGCGAGGGCCGGUGCUCGUCUCCCGGAGCGGCAAGACUCUGACAAGACGCAACGCCAUCGGAGCUCACGGUGGUAGCUACAGCAUCUACAAUGCGCUCGCCAUUGCCGCAGGGGAUCUUCCCCGCGACUUCCGUCCGAGCUUCGAGAACACGCAGCCUACCUUUGAUUUCCCGCAACAACCCGCGUGGUCCGACCCGACCAAGAUCGUCUCCAUGGAUCCUUUCGGUCAUGAUAUCGUCAAGAACUUCCAGGACCAUCUGGCCAAUGGACUGGACGUACGACCAACGAUUGCCAUAACCCGCGCUCACAUGCGAGUCGGAGAGAUCACAGAUGCUAUCAAGGAGGGACGUCUUCCCGUGGACGGCAACAUUGUCGUCAGCGAGAAUGGCGACGUGCGCGUCACUAAGUGCGCCGUGGAGCCUGUUUGGUAUCUUCCAGGCGUCGCAUCUCGGUUCGGUAUCGACGAGGGAACACUGCGCCGGGCCUUGUUCGAGCACACCGGUGGCAGUUAUCCCGAGUUGGUGACGAGGCCAGACAUGAAGGUAUUCCUCCCACCUAUUGGGGGGCUCACGGUAUACAUCUUCGGCGCGCCAGAAAAGGUGUCAGAUGCCAGCUGCAGACUGGCUCUUCGCAUCCAUGACGAAUGCAACGGCUCCGACGUUUUCCAAUCAGAUAUCUGCACCUGUCGACCAUAUCUGACCUUUGGCAUUGAGGAGGCCAUUAAGGAGGCCCAGAAUGGCGGCUCCGGUAUUGUCAUUUACUUCCGUAAAGAAGGUCGCGCCCUGGGUGAGGUCGUCAAGUACCUUGUUUACAACGCCCGGAAGCGAGGCGGAGAUACGGCCGACAAGUAUUUUGCCCGUACCGAGAACAUUGCUGGUGUUCGCGAUAUGAGAUUCCAAGCCCUGAUGCCCGACAUCUUGCACUGGCUUGGUGUGAAGAAGAUCGACCGCAUGCUCUCCAUGUCCAACAUGAAGCAUGACGCGAUCGUAGAGCAGGGGAUUCCCAUCCUCGAAAGAAUCCCCAUCCCAGACAGUGCGUUGAUCCCUAGCUGCUCCAACCCAUCUCGUCCCAUUUACGCACUAUAUUGCGCUUCAGAUCCCAUGGCUAACAUGAAGGCAGGCUUGAUUCCAGCCGAUUCCCGCGUAGAGAUUGAUGCUAAGAUCAACGCUGGCUAUUUUACAGCAGGGAAGAAGUACGAUGAAGAGGAGCUGAAGCAGGUCAAGGGUCGUGGAUGGCAGGGCUGGGAAGACAUCGCACACUGA